CCGGCCGACUACAGCAAGUUGAAGUAAGUAGCUCGAAGCCAGCUGGCCUACGGAGUGCGGCGGAAACCUUAAACGAAGCAGCCAGCAAAAUGGAGGGAGCCGAACUAGCAAACACCCUGCGAAAUCUGCUGCGCAGCGCUAAAGGCGGUAUUCCACUUAAAAGACUCGACGAUGAGUUCUACACGUUUUCAGGAGUGCAUAUUCCGUUGGGUUCGUUCCGAACCCUUGAAGAUCUCCUGAAGACGCUACCGGACGUGUGCUCGCUCAGAAGUAACGACCGUGGACACCUCAGCGUUUACGGCACAAAAUUUCGAGGAUACCAGACAGCCACCGUGCUGGGGGGUAACUCAAAGGGCGGCGCGUCGUCAUCAGGCCGUGGGCCUGGCGGAGGCGGAGGCCAGAUUAGUAACGCUGGUGGCAGCAAUAAACGUCCCCCACCCGGAGGCCGCGGAGCUCGUGGCUCGCAUCCGCAAGCGUUACAAAACAACGGGAUACAUUACACACCCCGACCACGCACCGGACCCUCAGGCCGACUUCCUCGACGUCUACCGCAGUCCAGCAAUUACCAGGCCAACCUUCAGCAGGAGAGUUACGGUCAGGGGCCUUACGCACCACAUUUUCAGUCGGACCAACUCGGUCUUAUCGGCCCUUCGCCAUCGGCCACCGGCUACACUAAUGAUAAUGCUAAUGACUGGGAUAGUGAGUGGAACUACGGAAAUAGUAGGGCUAGAACACCGCUUACGCUAACCGACCCAGAUGACCCUUUCGCCGAUUGGGGCUGUAGUGAUAUGGGUUGCAGUAGUGCUGGCGGCGGUGUAGGUGUAGGGCAUCAGGUCGAUUCGAUGGAGGGUACUCUCGGAGGACCCAGUCCUCCACCUCAGUGGAGCACCCAUGAAGAUCCGAUCGACGGCAGCUUACCCGGUGGUGCAGGACCUGCUGGAGGAAGGCAUUAUAGGCUCGGAGGCGGAGGAACAUCAGCGAUGAACAAUGGUGGUGGUUGCAGCGUUAUGGGAGGCUUAGAGGCAGGUUUACACAGAAGAUUCAUCGAUUUCGACGACUCUACAGGGCAACAGCAUCAACAUCACCAAAAUCGAAGGAAUCGCAACAACAAUAACAAUAACAACAAUGGAAGCUCCGGCACCGGCGGCCAGAGCAAUCACAUCCACGGGAGCAACGCCAGUACGAGCAACGGACACUGGCGUGGAGACACCGGACGAGGCCCUAUGUCUCCCGGCCAUCACGACAAUGUUUCGGGAAACCUGAACCAAAGUCAGGUGUCGUUCGGAUCCCGGCGCGGCAAUAUGGUCUGGAUCAAUCCCUCGAUUCAGUACAAUGGAAGUGGAGGCUCGAGGUCGUCCAGAGAAUAUAAGGCGGAUCGUCCAAACGCAAUUCCAAUCGUCGACCCACGUUCUCGUAGAGUGGUACCCAUGCGUCAUGGAGGUCAUCACGGAGUGUACGGCACUCCGACGGGCGUCGGCAAAAAUGGAGCUGGUCAACAACAAGGCAAUAACAGCACGACGUCACUUGCCAUGCUCGAGGAGUUUGCCCGAGCGUCCGGACUUCCGGCUGCCGAGUUUCAGUUAAUGGAAUCGAAGACCAACAAGAAAGCAGCCGCGGCGCAGUUCCUUUGCACCGUCGAACUUGACGGUAUCAAGUACAAGAGCUAUCCCGACUAUAGACCGACAGCGGAGCUCGCAAAGGAAGCGGCCGCUGCAAAAGCGCUCGCAGCCCUUGGAAUAACCAAGGACAAUCUGCAGCAGCGCGUAGCCGAAAAACAGGCAUCCCUGCCGUUAGCUGAUAUGUCGACUGCGUCGCAAACCGAGGCUAUUGCCGUAAAGCUCGCCCAGAUACUCGAGAAACGGCCCAACGGGGUCUUCUCCAAUUCAGUACCACAGCUCUUCGCCGAAGAGUUCAAACAAAAGCUGCCUGAUGACUGGCAAACAAAGGUUGCCGGCCAUAAACUGCUCGAUUUCGUUCCAAAUACAGUAGCAAAGUGUGACGUACUCUAUCGCCGUGAGGUCGAAGGCAGUAAUCCGGCGGCUCAGGGUUCCGUCGCACCACAAGUGCCUCCAUUGUCGAUAACGGAGGAACAGUUCAUGUUCGUCACGAUGCUCAUUGUUGAUGUACACAACUUUUACGGGCGCGUCGAGCGUGAGGAGUACCACACGCUCGUAAGCGAUAUGGAAGUUUACUAUAAGGUGGAAGCGAAUCUAGCCCAACAAAAGUUGGAACCCUCAGAUCGGCCCGUUGUUGGAGCACUGUACGCAGUCUACGACGAGAGUUGGCACCGGGUUCAGUGUAUUGCUGACGAUGCGGCUGGGGGUGAGGUAGCGGAGUUCCGCUAUGUCGAUCUCGGCAUCACCGAGUUGAUUCCCCGGCAGAAACUGAUGCAUCUCGCUUAUGAUUUCUACGCGGUGCCAUUCCUCGCCAUACAACUACGGCUAGAAGAAUUCGAAGAGUCCAGUGUGUCCGAAUCGAAGCGGCCGUCAGUACAGGCCCUGAUGGAGCGGUUCAUGCAGAACAAAAUCCUGUGGGCGGUUCCAGCUCCAGGGGUCGAUCUGUCCGCUAGGCCGUUACCGGUAAAAGUGUACGACACUGGAGAUGAUUCGGCAGAUUGUGCCAGCAGUGUCGAAGGCAACAAAGACCUGUCACAGGGUCAGCAGAUAGAUAUCAAUACGGAAAUCUACAAGAUCGUGGCGACGCCGGUAAUAUUCCCAGCACCCGUUAUCGCCAAAGGCUAUUUAAGCUGUGUCUUACCGGACGGUUUUAUCUAUCUUCAAAUUGAAGACUUCGGUCUCAGCGAACUGCGCAGCCUCACUGUCGAACCAGCUAGCGAUACGCCCGUUGAAUCGGUGCAAGAAAACAAGAUGUAUUGCGCGCAGCUUGAAGGCAGCUGGUAUCGUUGCGUGGCGACCAAUAUUGUCUCUAACCAAGAAAUCGACAUUGAGUUUAUCGAUUAUGGCAACAAGGACACCGUAGACAUAAAAAAAAUGUUCGCGCUUAAGACUGGCUCGCAUAUUGAAGAUCUUCCUCCUCAGGCGGUUCGCGCGCACAUGACGAACCUUCAACCGGUUGAUACCUGGACGGUGGAAGAACUCGCUACGAUUACAGAUUUUUGUCCUGAAGACCAGAAGCUCAUUAUCAAGGUAUCGUCGUCGAGCUGCUGCGAAGGCCGCGAAUGCGAUGAGAACAUUCGACAUGUUGAUAUCUUUAAACGGACGCAACCAAACGACGAACUCGUUUCGGUCAACCACAGACUUUACGAGGAACUUAAGGCAACGACGUCGUCAACAUCGUCUGCUUCAAAUGGCCACGCGGGCAAAAACGCAGGCGAGUGGCUAGCGACUGGCUCGCAGCCGCCUCUUGUGCCCGUGUACCCGAAGGCCGAGCCUCCGACACACGGUACCACCAUUAUGCUGCAUGUCGUAUCCGCAGCCUCCCCGCUGUCUCUGGUCAUUCAGCCAUUUAACACUUCUAGCGAGCUGGCUAAUCUGCGCGCGCAGAUGCAGCUAUACUACGGCAAACAGGAGAACCGCCUAGAGCUAUCGGAGUUCGAGAUUGGCACGGGCAAAUUCUACGCCUGUUUACAAGACGAGAUAUGGGAGCGGGCGUACGUUGAGAAAGUGAGCGGAGCACCCUCGCCAGACGGCGCCACUUGCACGAUGGCCGUUUGCUACUUUGUCGAUAACGGCGCGUAUAUGCCGUUGACGGUAGCGGCGACCUCCAUCCAACCCUUGCACCAGCAGUUCAGGAAGCUACCCCGUCAGGCCAUUCAGGCGCAGCUACACGGGGUCAGGCCGAAAGAAGGAGCAGCCGACUUCGACCCCAUGGACUGUAUCACCUUCCAGAAGCACAUUACUGGUCGAGAUCUUGAAGGGAAGAUUUGCGACCACUCGGAAGACUCUCGCGUUACGCCCUCGCCCACAUUCAGUCUUGCACUCGAACUCUUCGAAGAAGAUCUUGCUCUACGCGAUCUCUACGCUGAAAUGAACCUGCUAGCGAUCGUUAAGGAUGAAGCCACCUGAAGCGGCGACCUGUGACGGCUAUCGUCAACGUGUUACAGGCAAUAAUAUUAACAGAUUUAUGCAUAAAGAAUGCUAAAGAAACCGAAAAACCAAAAAGACAAUAACCCUUUCGAUUAAUCGGGGGUGGUUUACGUCUUCGUUAUGCUCGUAGUAAUAACUGCUAGCACACAUCUAAUGUUAAAAGGAUACACUACCUGUACCUAAUAUGGGGGUGCCUAUAAGAGGAGGCCCAUAAAAAGCAAAUUGAUUAAGAACAGAAGUGACUACUACGACAGGACAAAUAACGAAUGUACGCUACAGCCGAAUUACCAAUGAGAAAAAGGAAACUAGUGCAGAUAUCGAUAAAGAGAUACACAUAGUGAUGGUAAUAGUAAUAAUAACCUAAUUAUAAAUAUAUACGAGUGCUGCACACGGUUAUACAACAGAAAACCAACAAUGAGUGCAAGCAAAUGAGAGAAGAAAAUACGGUAUUAACGCAAAAAAAAAAAAAAAAA